AUGACGUCGACAUAUCUUUACGCCCGUGAUAUAUUUCGAGACUCGCUUCGAAACAACGUCGCACAAACACCCAAAGAGACUCGAGCAGAGAACACUUUGUUGCAGAUCCUCAUGGACCUUCCCUAUAGAGAUCAGGUUUUAUCCGGAUCAUUUUCAUGCUUAACUACCGUCAUUCUUCUGCUGGGGAGUGUCCUAGCAUUUGCAGAAACUGGUGGGCAGGAGACCGAUCGGCUCACCUUGCUGGAAAUCAAGGCCCGGAUAGCCGAUCCUGGCGGGGUUCUGAGCUCAUGGAAUGAUACUAGCCACUUCUGCGAGUGGCACGGUGUCACAUGUGGUCGUAGACACCGGAGAGUCACCGUGUUGGACCUCCACUCUAAGAACCUCUCCGGAGUCCUGCCACCCCAUAUUGGUAACCUGAGCUUUCUGAGGGAAGUCCAACUGAAGAACAACAGCUUCAGCUCUGAAAUUCCCCCGCAAUUCGGCCGCUUGUCUCGGUUGCAGAAGUUGGUCCUUAAUAACAACUCGUUUAGCGGGCAAAUCCCUUCGAAUCUCUCCCAUUGCUCUAACCUGCUCGAGCUUAACUUAGGCUUCAAUACACUUGAAGGAAAUUUGCCUACAGAGCUUGGCUCCCUGUCCAAGCUCCAAGUACUCGUACUUGAAGCCAAUGGCUUGAUGGGAAACAUUCCACCAUCAUUUGGAAACUUAUCAUCUCUUCACGUCUUCACAACAUCGGUAAAUAACCUCGGCGGUACAAUCCCAGAGACUCUCGGUCAGCUGCAAAAUCUUAACAUCCUUGCAUGCGGCUGGAACAAAUUUGUUGGUAUGAUUCCUAUCUCAAUUUUCAAUACAUCCACUAUGACAAUACUUUAUGCGGCCGGAAACCAAUUAGAGGGGGGCUUACCCACCGACUUAGGCUUCACUCUUCCGAAUCUCGAGAUAAUUGGUUUGAGUGAAAACCACCUCACCGGGCCCAUUCCUAAGUCACUAUACAAUGCCUCUGAUCUCGUUCAAUUUGAAAUUGCAUCGAACAACUUCACUGGGAAUGUUCCUUCUUUUGGGAAGAUGAGAGGACUCACUUGGUUCAAUAUUGGCGAUAACAACUUAGGAAGUGGGCAAUCUGCUGAUUUGGACUUCCUUUGCUCUUUGACCAAUUCCACAAACUUGGAAACACUUGGUAUAGAGAGUAAUGCUUUUCAAGGGCCAAUACCUAACUGUAUCGGUAACCUCUCUAUCACCCUUAGGCAGUUUGGGUUAAGUAACAAUCAUAUAUCCGGAAUCUUACCUUCUGGAAUCGGAAAUCUUAUCAAUUUGGAGUUCUUGCAAAUGUGGGACAAUAACAUCUCGGGAAACAUUCCCUCGGAGAUUGGAGGUCUGAACAAAUUGAAUAAUUUGGAUCUCAGCAACAAUGAAUUAUCGGGCGGGAUACCGGAAUCUAUCGAAAAUUUAAGGAUGCUAACCAAAUUAAAGUUGUAUAGCAAUAAUUUCAGGGGCUCGAUACCAUCAUCUUUAGGAAAUUGCCGGAAUCUACUUCUCUUGGACCUUUCGUCCAACAACCUCGAUGGCAGCAUACCAUCGGAAAUCAUGGGCCUCUCGUCUUUGUCGAUUUCUCUUGACUUGUCUCGGAAUAGUCUUACUGGCACCCUUCCAGUAGAAGUAGGAAACUUGAAGAAUCUCGGCGAACUACGUAUUGACGGGAAUAGAUUAUCUCAACAGAUUCCAAGUACUAUCGGCAGCUGUAUGAGCAUGGAAAGCUUAUAUUUGCAGGAUAAUUUCUUUGAAGGGCCCCUACCAUCAACUAUGAGUUCCAUGAAAGGCCUUCAAGUUUUGAAUGUUUCUAACAACCGAUUGUCCGGCCAUAUCCCGGAAUUUCUAGGGUCGAUGAAUCUAAAGAAUUUGAGCCUAUCUUACAAUAAUUUCGAGGGUGCAUUGCCUACAGGAGGAGUUUUCAGUGAUGUUAUUUCAACUUCGGUUGUUGGAAACAAGAAGCUUUGCGGGGGUCUGCCAGAUUUUCGGCUACCGAAAUGCGACUACAAAGAGUCAAAAAGAACAGGAAUAAGUAGAUUUGCAAAAAUCCUGAUAUCCACGGUCUCCUCUCUUGUAGGAGUAGCCUGCAUUCUUUCUUUGUUAUACUUCUUUUGGUUUAGAGACAGUAAGAAAGCACCAGCUUCAAGCUCUUCUGAAGUUGAACUUUUGCAUGUUUCUUAUCACAGUCUACUAAAAGCCACUAGUGGGUUCUCCUCCACCAACCUACUUGGCGUAGGCAGUUUUGGGUCAGUGUACAAAGGGCUUCUAGAUCAGACUCAGUCCAUCGUGGCCAUCAAGAUUCUCGACCUUACACGUCAUGGAGCUACCAAGAGCUUCAUAGCCGAGUGCGAGGCCUUGAGAAUAAUCCGACACCGUAAUCUCGUAAAGGUACUGACUGCAUGUUCUGGGUUUGAUUAUAAUGGCAAUGAUUUCAAGGCAUUGGUCUAUGAAUUCAUGCCGAAUGGGAGCUUGGAUGAAUGGUUACACCCAACUGUAUCGCAAUAUACGGAGAGAAGCAAGUUGAGUCUACUUGAGAGAGUGAAUAUUGCCACCGAUGUUGCUUGUGCACUAGAUUAUCUCCAUCAUCACUGUGAAACGCCGAUAGUCCAUUGUGAUCUAAAGCCAAGCAACGUCCUUCUUGAUGAUCAAAAGACUGGACAUGUAGGCGAUUUCGGGCUUGCCAGGUUUCUCCCAGAAGCAGCACAUAAGUUAUUGAGCGAUCAAUCAAGCUCUGUCGGAGUAAAAGGAUCUUUCGGCUAUGUAGCUCCAGAAUACGGAGUAGGAAGUGCGGUAUCCACACAGGGAGAUGUGUACAGCUUCGGAAUCCUUAUUUUGGAGAUGUUCACAGGCAAGAGGCCGACCGAUGACAUGUUUAAAAAUGGCGUGGACCUUCAUCGCUUUGCGAAGGCAGCUCUAGAAGACCGAGUGGAGAAGGCAAUCGAUCCUAUUCUGCUUCAAGAAAUCGAGGAGUCGGAGCAGAGACGAAUAAUCGCUCCGGAGGGAAGGAAUAAAAGCUGGUGUAGUAUUCAGGAGUGUUUGGUUUCGAUCAUUGAAAUAGGAGUCGCUUCCUCUUCUGAGUCUCCGAGGGAACGAAUGGAUAUUGGCGAUGCAUUGACCAAACUCCAAGGAAUCAGGAAGAAACUUCUUGAGUUCAUUGUCAUUACCUAGUUGAUGUAAAAUGUGAACUUCAUAUGGAGUCUUGUGGUCAUUGUUUUAUCUGGAGUUGGGUAUAGAAGUUUACCAUUCACAGACGUUUUGUAUCUGGCAACAGCAAAGCCACAAAUAAUGGAGACUAGUGGCUUAGCAAGCCAAGACAGUCAAAAUUGGUUAUGUCGUGUCAAGCAAAAGACCAAUGUACUUCAACUGUAUGAAAAAUAAAUUCAAUUUGUUUUGCUUUA